GUUUUGAAUACCUCUAAAACGCAUAUAAAACUCCGUUAAUUUGAAGGGAAGUGCCGAAAUAACUAAAUAAAGAUAAUCCAUUCUCGAUUAAAUAUUAAUGUUCGUUCAAUUUGUUAGCUAAUUUUAUUCGUUAGCAUUAGUGGCACUUGACUAGCUAAGACCUGGUGAGAAAGAGAGGAAAAAUGGCAGCUGGGAAAAUUUGCAUCGGGGGGAGCAAAGAGGAAACUUUGGAGUGGACAGGUUUAUUCCCAACUGACCUAAAAUCCGAGCAAGACUCUUUGGUCUUUGUCAAGAGGUUGAUGGCUGUGGCUGUGUCCUCCAUCACUUAUCUGACAGGGAUUUUCCCGGAGUAUGCCUACCGAUCCAGGUACCUCGAAGAUUUGUGCAUCAAAAUUUUACAUGGAAACUGCAACAGUCCUGGUGCCAACAAAGUUGUGAAGUGGAUGAUGGGCUGCUUUGAUGCAUUAGAGAAGCAAUAUCUCCAGAUUAUAUUCAUUGGGGUCUACACCAACCCAGAAGACCCAAAUCGCAUUAUUGAGUCUUAUCAGUUCAGCUUCAGGUACACUGAAAAGGGACCAGAGAUGGAUAUACUCAGGAACAAUGAUAUGGAGCUGCAAGUGACGCCAGAAGAAACUAAGAGAGCCUCUGUGCUGCUUAUCAGGAAGCUCUUCCUGCUUAUGCAGAACCUGGAUUCCCUGCCGAACAAUGUCUACCUCACCAUGAAGCUGUACUACUACGAUGAGAUCACUCCCUGGGACUAUCAACCGCCUGGUUUCAAGGAAGGGGUGUGUGACCACCUGUGGUUUGAAGGAAUGCCUGUGCACUUCAAAGUGGGUGAGCACCCUUCCAGCACGACUCCUCCCAUAGACAUCGCUCCGUCAAGGCUGAAGCUGAUGCGACGCGGUCCGGACCGUAAGAGCGAGUUUCUGCGAGCUCUGAAGGACGAGGGCACCGGAGAGCUGACGACGAGCAGCAGCCCAGGAACAUCAGGAGAGGGUGAAAGCAGCACCCCAGAGCCCAAAGCCUACAGUGAGGAAGUCUGCCAUGAGAAUGGUCUGUCCUACUCCCUCAGUGACUCGGACACUGAACACUUGUCCAGCUCCCUGGAGGCAGAGCACAGGUUGCUGAAGGCCAUGGGCUGGCAGGAGUACCCAGAAAAUGAUGACAACUUCCUGCCUCUGACAGAGGACGAACUUAGAGAGUUCCAGACUAAAACUGAACAGCUGAAGAAAAAUGGCAUGCAAAGGAACGGGGUUCUCCCCAGGACACGAGGCGUGACCCUCCACUUCACCCCCUGGAGGAGUGUGGCGGAGGCGCACGUUGAGGAGGGCUCCGAGUCCGAAACCAGUAGCAGCAGCCAGACCUCUGAUGACGACGACUGCAUCAAAUCCUAACGUAGCUUUAUGGAACAAAAAAGAAAUAAAACAAAAGAAAAAGACAGCCAACAACACAUCCCAGCAAGCAAUCCCCCUUCUUCCUCUCUCAUCUUUGUUUUUAGAGCACCAUUUCAAAUUUUCUUUUUGAUCUUUUUUUUUUGUUUUUGUUUUUUGUUUGUUGUCAUUCUUGCACAAGGGAAAAACCAAUCAUAUCCCAGUGAAGAGGGAGAUUCCUGCUCUGCCAGACGUCGUUUUCCCUGCGUUUCCUCCUUCACUGCAGUCCCUGACCUUUUUGACUCCCCCUCCCCUCCAACUUCUUCCCUCCAACCCCCCCAUACCCCCCCCUCCUUUUUCUUCCUCGCUUUGUGGAACUGAAGUGUUCAUCAAGAAAAGAAGGGCAAUGAAUGCACACUUGAUUCUGCUUUAAACAGACUAACUCAUUUCAUUGAUGAUGCUGAUGACACAUUAUUAAUGAUAUUAAUAAAAAUUGGUUCCUGACAAGCUGAUAUGUUUCAAUAUGAA